AUGACGGAUGUUCAUGUGAAAGCGCGUAUGUCACCUUACUCCGGAACGAAAGAUGUUCAGAGAGCGCCAGUGUCAAAUGAAAAAGUUCCUUGGGAUGUCGAAUGGGCAGAUUAUAAACCAGUGGAAUAUACAGCGGAGGUCGUUUUGAAGAAUCCACCAUGGGCAGAUGAUCCGGAUGCAAAGAAAAUCAGUCAUUAUAAUGAAAUUGAUGAGAAAAUUGAUCGAAGAAGUUUAACAGGCAAAUAUGAUGUGGAUAAAGACACCAAUCGACCGAAAAACCCUCAAGGUCGAACAGGAUUAUCCGGACGUGGUUUACUAGGCCGAUGGGGGCCCAAUCAUGCCGGUGAUCCAGUUGUUACACGUUGGGCAAAAAAUAACGAUAAUAAUAAAAAAGUUCUGGAAAUUAUUCUAAUUAAAAGAAAAGAUACCGGUGAAUUAGCUCUACCAGGUGGCAUGGUCGAUGCUGGUGAACACGUUUCUGCAGCAAUCAAACGAGAAUUCAUCGAAGAAGCAAUGAACUCCAAUGAGGAUGGCGCUAAGCAAAUCGAUGAAUUAUUCAAAACAGCCGUUCCAAUCUACCAAGGUUACGUCGAUGAUCCACGAAAUACUGAUAAUUCUUGGAUGGAAACAGAAGCGAUGAACAUGCAUGACGAGACUGGUGAUUUAACUAAAGAUUUGACAUUAGAAGCUGGUGAUGAUGCAUGCAAAGUGAAAUGGUUAUCACUCGAUCGGGAUCGUAAUCUUUAUGCAUCACACGAGAAAAUCAUUCAAGCAGUAGUGAAAAAACAUGGCGCUUUUCAAUACUGGCAAAACAAAUCUUCUUAA